GCUGCGCGGCUGGCGAUGAGCGGCGCCGCGGACGAGGAGGGCGGCCCGGGGGCCGGGGCUGGCCGGGCCGGGGCCCGCUCUGAGCCCGAGGCCCCGGGCAGCGCGCUCAGUGUGGACUUGCAGGGGCUGCUGGGGCAGCUGGCGCGCAGCUUCGCGCUGCUGCUGCCGGUGUACGCCCUGGGCUACCUGGGGAUGAGCUUCAGCUGGGUGCUGCUGGCGCUCGGGCUGCUCGCCUGGUGCCGCCGGAGCCGCGGCCUCAAGGCCAGCCGCCUGUGCCGCGCGCUGGAGCUCCUGGAGGACGAGGAGCGAGCCGUGCGCCUGGGGGUGCGCGCCUGCGAUCUGCCCGCCUGGGUUCAUUUUCCAGACACCGAAAGAGCAGAAUGGCUAAAUAAGACUGUGAAGCACAUGUGGCCCUUUAUUUGUCAAUUUAUAGAGAAGCUCUUUCGAGAAACCAUAGAGCCAGCUGUGCGAGGAGCAAAUGCCCACCUCAGCACCUUCAGCUUCACGAAAGUGGACGUGGGUCAGCAGCCCCUUAGAGUCAAUGGUGUUAAGGUUUAUACUGAAAAUGUAGACAAAAGACAAAUUAUCAUGGACCUUCAGAUUAGCUUUGUAGGAAAUUGUGAAAUCGAUUUAGAGAUCAAACGAUAUUUUUGUAGAGCCGGGGUGAAAAGUAUCCAGAUUCAUGGGACAAUGAGAGUGAUCCUGGAGCCCCUGAUUGGAGACAUGCCUCUGGUUGGAGCAUUGUCCAUCUUCUUCCUUAGGAAACCACUUUUAGAGAUUAACUGGACCGGACUGACUAAUCUCCUGGACAUCCCUGGACUGAAUGGUUUAUCUGAUACUAUCAUCUUGGAUAUAAUAUCAAACUAUCUGGUGCUUCCUAAUCGAAUCACUGUUCCUCUUGUCAGUGAAGUUCAAAUAGCACAGCUGAGGUUUCCCAUACCAAAGGGUGUCCUAAGGAUCCAUUUCAUUGAAGCUCAGGAUCUUCAGGGGAAAGACACCUACCUUAAAGGCCUUGUCAAGGGAAAAUCAGACCCCUACGGAAUCAUCCGAGUGGGCAACCAGAUCUUCCAGAGUAAGAUUAUCAAGGAGAACCUCAGUCCAAAGUGGAACGAGGUUUAUGAGGCUUUGGUCUAUGAACACCCUGGACAAGAAUUGGAGAUUGAACUCUUUGAUGAAGAUCCAGAUAAGGAUGACUUCUUAGGAAGUCUUAUGAUCGAUCUUACUGAAGUUGAGAAGGAGCGCCUUUUAGACGAAUGGUUCACUCUGGACGAGGUUCCCAAGGGAAAGCUGCAUUUGAAGUUAGAGUGGCUCACACUGAUGCCAGACGCGGCAAACCUGGACAAGGUGCUGACAGACAUCAGAGCCGAUAAGGAUCAAGCCAACGAUGGUCUUUCAUCUGCACUGCUGAUCUUGUAUUUGGAUUCCGCAAGGAACCUUCCGAGUAUCUUCGAGGGAAACUUUGGGUGUGGCUACUUAAAAGAGAGGCGAGCGUCGGGACUAGUGUUUUGUGAGAAUACUACCUCAGUCUAUAGAGCACUAUUUUCAGGGAGGAAAAUGAACAGCAACCCAAACCCUCUUGUCCAGAUGUCAGUCGGCCACAAGGCUCAAGAGAGUAAGAUUCGGUACAAAACCAGUGAGCCAGUGUGGGAGGAAAACUUCACUUUCUUCAUUCACAACCCCAAGCGCCAGGACCUGGAAGUUGAGGUCAAAGAUGAGCAGCAUCAGUGUUCUCUGGGGAGCCUGAGGAUCCCGCUCAGCCAGCUGCUUAUGAGUGACAACAUGACCAUAAACCAGCGGUUCCAUCUCAGCAACUCGGGUCCAAACAGCACCCUAAAAAUGAAGCUUGCCCUCCGGGUCCUCCAUCUUGAGAAGCAGGAAAGGCCUCCAGACUACCAGCAUUCAGCCCAAGUGAAACGGCCAUCUGUCUCCAAAGAAGGGAGGAAAGUGCCUGUCAAGUCUCAGGCGUCUGUGUCUCCAGGCACUGGUGGCAGCAACACUGCUCCGUCAACACCCAGCAUGGGAGAGGAUAAGCCUGUCAGGGAGGAGAAGCCCCAGCCCCCCGAGGCCAGCCCUCUCGGGCAUCGUGACCUGGGCAGGAGCUCUUCCAGCCUCUUGGCCUCUCCAAGCCACAUCUCAGCCAAGGAGCCCACCCCAAGCAUCGCCUCAGACAUAUCACUGCCCAUUGCCACCCAGGAGCUGAGGCAAAGGCUGCGUCAACUUGAAAAUGGGACUACCCUGGGACAGUCCCCCCUGGGGCAGAUCCAGCUGACUAUCCGGCACAGCUCCCAGAGGAACAAGCUUAUUGUGGUGGUGCACUCAUGCAGAAACCUCAUUGCCUUCUCAGAAGAUGGCUCUGAUCCAUAUGUCCGCAUGUAUUUAUUGCCAGACAAGAGGAGAUCGGGAAGAAGGAAAACACACGUGUCAAAGAAGACACUAAACCCUGUGUUUGAUCAGAGCUUCGAUUUCAGUGUGUCGCUGCCUGAGGUGCAGAGAAGGACCCUGGACGUGGCGGUGAAGAACAGUGGCGGCUUCCUGUCCAAAGAUAAAGGGCUUCUUGGCAAGGUGCUGGUUGCUCUGGCGUCCGAAGAACUUGCCAAGGGCUGGACCCAGUGGUAUGACCUCACAGAAGAUGGGACAAGGCCACAGGUGAUAACGUAGCCGCGCUGGACGUAUGGCCCGUUUCUCAGUGUAUCUCACACACCACCUCAACAUGGAACACACUUUCCUGCAGAUGCACCAAUGCUAUUAUAAUUUUAAGUAUUGAGUUAUACAUACCUUAAUAAUUUUAUAAAACUGUUGGCACUGUGGGAAAAUGUGGUCAAUAUUGUUGUUAAAUUACCCUGUUGAGUUCCAGUACUUCACCAGGCACUUCAGAGUGCAGUGGUGUAGUGUGCUCCUGUGCUAUGUGGAACCCUGCCAGCCACGGCUGCUGGAAAGCAGGACCCUGAGCCCGCUGACUUCUGCCUUGCCUCGGCAUCCCGGAGACGCACUACACCAUGUAAAUAGACGCUGUUUCUUGUAAUGUCUACAUGCUGGUUUGGAUAAAGAAGAAAAUGUACCAAGGAAAUACAUAUUUUCUUCUAAAACUUAUUAAAUUCUGUGACAGAUAAUCAUUUUCAUCUUUUCAGCAAAAAAUUCUCAGAGAUCUGUUGUGUGAUAUGGCUUUUUUAAGGGAAAAGUGGAAAGAUUAUUAAAUAUUAGGAUAUUUAUGUCUAGUAUGAAUGAUAAAAGAAAGUGUUCAAAUUAUUAACAUUAUUGUAAAUAGGAAAAUAUAGUGAGAAGUCAGUAAAUGACUUCUAAAAGUGUAUAAUUGAGUAAUAGACAAUACCAAGAGUAUUGUCAAAGCUCAUGAAUCACAGUAUACUCAUAUGAAGUUUAUUACAUAAGCAAGAAAUGUGCUGUUCAUUUGUAAUUGUUAUAACUGAUUGAUGAGGUAGUGCAGAGAUAAGACGCGUGUCAGACGUGGUACCUCCUACGCGUAACCCAGGAUGCCUGGGAGGCCAAUGCGAGAAGACUAAGAGUUAGAGGGCCAGCCUGGGCUGUGCAGCAACACCCUAUCUUGGGGAAAAGAAAAGCAUACUUUAUACUUUGCCCAAAGCAUAGGAACGGAUCUCUAAUAUUAGGAGAUGAGGUAUUGUCCAGACUGGAUGUAAGCCUGUAAGUCUGUUGUUAAUGUAAAGUGGUGAAACAAACUGGAUGAAGGACCCGGCUCUACAUCCAUCACACAGGAUACACACCUCUGGAUGGAGGUUCCUGUGCUUCCCUUGAUACAUGGGACCUUACACAACAAAGGGAGAGAUCCUGCCCAGUGCCAGCAACAUCAGCUGUCAGUCUUGACAUUUUCUGGAUAUCCUCAGUUUGUGCCAUGUCAGGAGUUUUAUUUUGGAAUCCUUUUUUUCUGUUUAGAUUAUGAAAAGCAUGUUUUACAUGUGUAAGAGUCUCCCAGAACCUCUUGUGAGGUGAGGCUGUAUCACAGUGUUAUAAGCUAUGCAUGUCUGUAAACAAAGUAUGCACAGAUGUGGAUAGACUUUUUCAGUAUGCCUUUCAAGCUAGAGAAAAGGGCUUCUCCACUGUGAGGCCAUUUAAAGCUAUGUACACCUUAGCAGGAAAAUGCAGCUUUGCAAUCAAGAUUGGAGUAGUCCCUUCCGUUCACAUGCUUCCUGGAACUUAGCACCCAUGGGAAGCUGAUGUGACUAAACAUACCCAAGUGCCUAUGCUGAAUACAAAGUGUUUCGUUGAUACUCUCCUCCUGCCUGGCAGAUGAGAGUGUGCCUCAGUCUGUAAUGUCCCCCAGGGUGCAUUUUUAAUGGAGUCUGUGGCCCACCAUGCCGUUAGAUUUUUUUUUUUUUCCCUUAAGAAUCUUUUUCAAUUGGUCCACUGUAGGGCUUCAGUCAUAAUCUGUAAAGGAGAUUUUCUUGCUGAAAUUUUAUCAUGUCAGUGGUGUUCCACCAACAACCUAAAUAUCUUGGUUUUUGUACCCACAUUCUUAAUCUGUUCGGUGUGCAUUUUAUUACAGCGUACUUUUCUUAGCCCUUAGGCAAAUUGAAUAUUUAUAAGGGUACAGUCCCCUAAUAAGUCCUCAGUGUGGCACCCUCUGCUGCAGUCACAAAAGCUGGCACCAGUGAGUUCAGGUACAGCCUCCCCACCUGCAUCGCCUGAGUCCUCUAGCAGCUGUCUCUGUGCUCUUUGGAAGGAGAAAGUCCGGUAAUCCCAGCCCACCUCCUCUUGUAGUCCUGUGUCCUGCACGUGGAGAGCUGAGUUGCCAUCAAGGCAUGCUCCAUUGUCCUGAAGAUGGAAGAUACUUUGGGUUCUCAAAAUGUUAACUUUCAGUUUUUAAUGACUUACCUAGGAACGUUAAGUUUUCUACUUGGAACCAAACCAGUGAAGAGAAAUUAGUGAUUUGAAGUACAGCUCCACUGACUUACUCCAGUGGUGACUUAUCCUGUGCCUUAAAGUACCAAGGGAUUUUCACAUGUCUGAUGAAAACAGAAGCAGCCUUGCAGCUGCCGUCACCAACACUUGCACUCUGCACCCGAGAGCUCCUCUGCAGGCAGUCUUCAUGCAGAGGUCAAUCCUCGGGAGGACAGCUUAGGGUUAUUUCACAAUCCCCAGGCAGAUGCAGAGAGCACAGGCUCCUGGAUGUGUGUUCUCCGGUUGCUGCUGCAGUGACUGGUCCCUUCUGGAUUACCCACUGUAGAGGAGGACCAUGGAGGAUUGGUUUUUGGUUUUUUAAUCAUAGAAUGUGCUUUUUGCUUAAUUAAUUUUACAUAACAGCACAUGUAUUUAUUCAAUAAAACUUUUGUUAGCUCACUUGUAA